CAUCUGGCAGCUACAUUUGUCGCCUUCAGGCAGUAAACUUGCAUAAUUUACUUAACCUUGCAUGUUUUGUUUUACAGUUUGAGCUGGCCUACACCUCAUAAAAGGAAGCAAAUGUCCUCUGAACAGAAGUCGAUUUAGAGAAAGCCCAAUUUACAACUACUGACAGGAAACAAGCAGCACUUGAUGCCAGGAACUUUUCAUGUUAGCGGCAAAUGGUUUGCAACAUUGUGGAUACUACAUUUGUAUUUGUGGGCACUCCGUGUUUGUGAGGACUCACAAGCUGCCAGAACAUGUCACUUUUUUUUUGUGGUGCACGGCCACUGGCACACUGCACUGUACAGAGCUCACAGUAUACAGCGCCAUGCUGCCUGUAGUCGGAAGCAGGCAGAAAAUUGCACCCAUGAUGCUGCUGUCAAACAAAAUCAAUACACAGUGAUCCUCCUGUUAGAAUCUAUCCUGCUGCAGAACGACCCCACUAACGCUUGUAGGGUGAGCAUAUAGACUGUUUCGCUAUUCGUGUUACUGUCGAGUAAAUAAACAUAAUGGUCAUAUGAAGAGGGGGGGGGGGGGGGUCAUGAAAAUCAGAAUGGGCAAGUUACUGGCAAUAGCUUAGUGCAACAGCUAUGUUGCUAAAUGUGUUAACGUAAAUGGUGGAGCCAAUGUCGUGCGUGAGGCAGAGGAAUGCCACGUGAGUAUCCAAUCGCAAGUGGCACCAAAACCAGGAGGUCCAUUAUAGGUUCGUACUUUGUUGGCCAUCAACAUUGUCGUCGUUUCCCACUGCUGUUUGAGCUUAUGCAGAACAUGCAACAGCAAAGAAGCGAUAUCGAGGAAGCGACAGCAGGGUGACGCAGCUCAGGUGACCCAGGUCGUGCAGAAGCAAAUGACAGUACUUAGCUCUGGCAAUGUGGCACUGCCUUUAGCAGCAGGCCAUUAAUUCCUCGGUCAUAGGUGCUCGCUGGCACACUAUCACGCUCCGUAUGAGCUACAACCUGCCACAGCUUUUCCACACGCUUUCGUGUUGUAGUUUGUACUGAGCACGAUAGUACACUCCAUUUCAUACAUAGUAGGCGACACUAUACAUGCUAGAAAGUGUUUUCUCGUUGUUCUCAUUCCUUGACCAAAGAGAAUGCAUCGCAUAUAAAAGAAAGACAGAGGUGUGUGUUGUAUAAUUGAAUGCGGAAUUAUGUCUCAUACUUUUAUGUGGCAGAAUACGACGUAAUUAUGAUGUGGAAGGCGCUGCAGGAGCGAGCGGAGUGACACAAUUCUGCAAGCAGCAGCCACGGCACGCCAUUCGCUCUCACGACCAAAACAUAGCCGUCCCACAACCACAUGCUCACCGCUGGAGAUGCUCCUGCACCUGGGAGAAUGCAAGGCGACGCGGCUCAAUUUCGGCGCACCCAGCUAACCGGAGAGGAGCAAAGAGAGACCGGCGGCAGGGCUGCGGUGCAGGGUCAGCAGUGGCAUGACGAGGACAGCAAACUGUGCCGACCGGACAUAAAGGAGCAACCUGCACACUCCAGCCAACAUCUGACUGUGCCUGUCACAAUGGCAAAAGCUGUACAGACGCAGGCGGUGAGCCUGACCAAGUGCAGUGUGGAUGCUGCAGUUGGGACAUCGGGAAUCGAAGACAUGUCCAAGUCGACUCAGACAUCACUUGCUGCUGUGAAGAUGCACCGAAUUAUAGGAGCCACAGACCUUGGAGAUAUUCUGGACGGUGGCUCUGACACGGAAGACUCUCGAGGGGUGCCCAAUGUGGAUUGGAGUACUGGUUUUGCCACUUCGGACAGUAGUCAAGUAGAUGAGGUUGGAAACAAUCGUGUCACUGACUGCAGUGGGCUGAGGUCUACGGCUGCAGGACGCACCGCAGUCGUGCAAGGGGACAACGCCAAGCACUGCGAUCGGAGAGCUGACGUUGACAUCAAGUGGCGCAAGAGCUUACCCGAAUCAACACAGGCUGAUACUCUGCAGUCAUUCAGCUUUCCGCAGUCAGAAGAUCCAGAAGACUGCCGCGAGGCUUCGAUGCCAAGCAAAGGAAAUGGGCCUCGCGUUAGUGACGCGACAGCUGACAGGAUUUUGGAGAGGAUCGAACAACAAGGCACUUCAGACUUGGACCUUUCGGACAGUGAUGACGACUCUGCUGGGGACAUCUUCAUUCCAUCAUUGCCGCUUGAGGACUCACAGCUCUGAAGACAUAGAGUCAUCAGAUGAAGAUAACCCUUUGGAGUCUGAGAAAGCCCACAUGUCAUACAGGUGGGAAAAAAAUGACAGGUGAAAAUGCAUACUCAUUCUUUUGAAGUUAAUAAUUCAGAGUAAACAUUUUCUACAUUGUGCCAUUUUAUUUCAGGUCCAAUACCUCUUGGAUGAGAUCAUUUCAGCCAUUCGUGGAUACCCAAAACCGCACAGAGUGGUCUCCGUAUGACUAUUUCAAACAGUAUGUUCCGGAUGAGCUGUUUGGCACAAUGGCGGCAGCUAUGAAUGCAUGUCACAUUGUUCAGACUGGAAAGAGCCUGAAGACAUCAGUUGAAGAACUGAAAAUUUUUUUCGGUAUUUCCAUCACCAUGUCAUGCCUCGGAUACCCACAAAUUAGAAUGUACUGGCAGAAAAAAACCAGGGUACCUAUCAUAGCAGACAAAAUGCCGAGAACUCGGUACUUUCAGCUGCGAUCGAGACUAAAGGUUGUGAAUGAGUUUGACAUGCACCAAGCGAACAAGGAAAAGGACAAACUCUGGAGAAUUCGGCCUUUUGUAUCAAGAAUUUGGAAUGGGUGCCUUCAGCUUCCCUGAGAAGAGUGUCUG